CGCGCGAUGCAUGAUCAGUGAUACACAGAUAUAAAAAUGAGAUAGGAAGUGGUCUAUUGACGGGCUUUGCAUAAUCAUAAGGCAGUUCUUUGCCAUACGAGAGGAUAUAGGCAAGUAGUAGCUUUUAAUACUUUAAUAGGUAAAUGAAAAGAAGAUGAGUACUGAAAAGAAACCAAAGCCUCCUAGGCCACCUGCACCCAACCUGGCUGCUAAGAAAAACAUUAAGAAGCAAGCGUCCUCUGGGUUGUCAUUCAGCUUCAAUGACUUGAAGGCAGUAGACAGUGAUGAAGAUGACAAGAGCUUUACUUCUUUCACAAAACCUGAACGGGACAAUCAUAUUUCUGAUCCAGCAAAAGUAAAAGAGUUGAAACCUUUGACAACUGCUAGUCAUGACUUUAAAACCAAAGAGAUGAAGCCUUUGACUCAUUCUAGUAAUGGGGCCAUGCUUGGAGAGCCCCAGUCUCUUCAAAAGGAAGACAGGGACUCGUCGUUUGAGGACAUCUUUGAUGCUGUCAACCGUCUCCCAAGUUCAAAACCAGUAGCUGUAUCUAAACCAGUGACAGAGCAGGUUAGGAAAGUACAAGAAGAGAUCGAAAGGUCAUCCCCACCGAGAAGUAGCACCAACACUGAGAACAGGGAGAGCGAUAGCAUUAAAAGCAAACCAAAGCUCCAGAAGGGAGGGUCAGGCAUUUUGAAAGUAGCAACAGAAGUCCUUGAGGAGAAAGAAAAUGAAUCUUUCAAGUUGCCAUCAGAUUCACAGGAGGCGCUUGCAGAUCCUUUGAGCUUCCUCGACAAGGUCAUGGAAGACCAACUAGGUAGUAGCUUUGAGGAUGAUGACAGUAGCCUUGGAAAGGGUAGUCUUUUGAGGAAAAGAAGACAAAGUGGGAAUGGCAAGAAGAAGAUCCUUCAACAGCAGCCUCGCACAAAGAGUUUGGAUGCUGACAUGGGUCAAAACAACGGAAAGGUGGAGCAGGAGGAUUCAAUGGAUAUUAACCCUUGCUACUUCAAUGUCCCUACCCCUGCAGAGCUAAAGGAUGAACCAAUAAGACGGCCAGACAGUAUUCCCACCUCAAGAUCAGGUCCUAAGUCCAAAACCAAAGCGAUAUCUCUCUCUGGUCUUCUGGCCUCCCCAGACAUCACCGAAGAAGACAAUGAAAAACCAAGCUCCAGUGUCAACUCUGAUGGCUUCCAAACUCCAGACAUGCCACCAGAUGACGACUGGGUAACCAUUGACAAGAAAGCUCCAGCAGGCACAUCUAGUCCUCCCUCAUCCAGCCAGCUCCUGUCACCAGAAGAAGAGAAGAAAACUGUCCAAGCAACUCCUCAAAGUCUUCAUCCAUCUUUGCCUUUCUAUACCCUCUACACUUUGACAUUCCUAACUUUCCUGUACUACAUUUUCCCUUUGCCACUUUACAUCACUGGCUUCCUAACUGGCCUCCUUUGUUCCUUCUACCUUGUACUGUUCUUGAUCUGGAUGAACCUGCCACCAACAGACAACUCUUUCAAGGAGCCUGAUGGUACUGAUGGAGAUCCUCUUGUCAUCCCAGGGCCUCGCCUGACUGCUUCCAAGGUCAGGAUCAAAGAACAAGAGAAAGUCACCUUGAAGACUGCCCAGGAUUGCUACCAUUAUAUUGAACUACCAACCAUCGAAGAGGGCUGGAUGAAUGAAUUGUCCACUCCCUAUGAUCCUGAAACAUAUCACGUCAAUCAAACACAUUCCAUCUUUGUGCGUCUCGAAGGCCACACCCUGAGACUGUCCAAGCCAAAGCAGAAUAUUGCUCGAAGGGCAAUGUUCGAUGAGCCUACACCCCGUCCAGAAUUCAUUCACCAACGUAUCUACGACAUACGGGGAAGCCACGUUUACCUGCAACCAGAGGGUCUCGUGAAGAAGAGGUUGUGGAGCAAGAAAUAUCCAUUAUUUAUAGAGCUACCAAAGAAGGGAUUAUCUGUUGAGAAGAAGGAUGUUUCACCCCCUGAUGAUGGGACUGCUCAGGGUAUGGGCUUUGAUGUCGUCAAGAAAGACGAAUGCGACGACAAGGUCUUGGUGUUGUUCGCAAGGACAGGUCGCGAGAAAGAGGAAUGGUUUUGGAAAUUUGAGGCAGCUGCAGUCGCUAACCGAGUCCGUCCAAUCCAAACACUCCACAAGAAGGUGUUCCUUGUGGGGAAUGACUUCAUCGGGGAAGAUGGGAACCCGGUGUACAGGGGUGACCCUGAUGACAUGACGUCCCGCAAAUCCAUGGUGGACUUCUUCAAGUUCCUUGCCAAGGUGAUGCCCAAGGAGAAGGAUGUCAAGGAACUCAUCGUCCAGGACGUAAAAGCCAAAGCAGGAGGGGUUACCUAUGCCAGCCCCGGUCGUAGACCUGGGAAAAGUGGGUCGGAGCGGGAACCGAGUAGCAUUCCAGGUGCAGUCAGCAACGAUGCCCCUGUUGCUUGGGUCAACGCUGUCAUAGGGAGAUUCUUCUGGGACUUCUUGAGGGAACAGCAGUGGGCAGACCUCAUCCAGACCAAACUUCAAAAGAAGCUUUCCAAAUUAAAGAUACCCCACUUCAUGGAAGCCUUGACCAUCACGGAGACGGACCUGGGCCUGAACGCUCCCACGAUACGCAAGGCGUCCAAGCCCACUGUUGACUCCAGGGGGAUGUGGAUCGACCUUGAGAUGCACUACGGGGGAUCCUGCUGGAUGACCCUCACCACCAAGUUCAACCUCUGGAAGCUGGGCAAGGACACCCGCAUGGAGAGAGAGAUGGAGGAUCUCAUGACUGGCAAGAAGGAGGGCAUCGAGAAGCUGGAAAGACGUGCUCCCCCGUCAGAACCGUCUCUCAGCAAAAAAGGCAGUAAGGGCAUUUCUUACAAAAAAUCUGCUGUAGACAAAGCCAGCAUGUACUAUCCCGAUAACUCGCCCAAUACUAUGCAUGGAAAAUCAAGGAGACAAAUGUCUGCUGCCCUCGAUAGUGAUGAGGAGGACAGUGCGGAGUCAUCUGAUGAUGAGACGACAGAAGAAACUAACAGUACUACCAGUAAUGAUACAAGUCUACUAGAAGAUGGGGCACGUAGCUCCAGCAAGAUCCUGAGGUUCGUGAACAAGGUUGCCAACUCAAACUACUUCCAGAGGGCCACGCAGAAUAAAUACGUGAAGAGAGCCUUCAACGAGGUAUCCAACACUGCUGUGGAACUCACAGUGGAAGUGAAGGAACUGAGAGGUGUGCUGGCUGUGAACAUUCCUCCGCCGCCUUCUGAUAGAAUAUGGUAUGGAUUCCGAGGAAAACCUCACCUGUGGUUGUCAGCCAAGCCUAAGCUGGGGACAAGACAGGUCACGAUAACCCACAUCACAGAGUAUAUUGAGAAGAAACUAGAGAAAGAGUUUCAGAGAGUAUUUGUACUGCCCAACAUGGACGAUAUCCCUGUGCCAAUCAUGAACUUUGACAUUGAGGAGCAUCGCUUUGCCAGAUGAUAAAUCACCCUGCCUCGACUAUCCCUUGAACAGCGCCCCCAGGGUGAUCUGCAUGUCACUCUCGUAUCCAAGUCGCAUUUGUCCGUGAUUCCAGUCCGCGAUCAGCUUAAUGUUAAUGUUCCAUGUUCAUUGGAGUAGGAUUGAAGUCUGCUGCUCCCAUCACUGUUACCAGUUAAAUUUGUCAACGUAUUCAUGUUUGCAGAAAAUAGCCGUUGGUAGAAAGGAUUGCUUCUUUCACCCUUAGAAACAAAAUUGAAUGUGUGUCAUGUAAUAGUGAAUUGACGAGAGGGAGUGUGACAUUGUGAAACCUACCUACUAUGUUUGUAAUUACUGGUUUCACAGAAAUACAAGCUGUUUUUGAGGUACUUGUGACACUCUUGCGAUUGGUUUAUUUAUGUUUUCAAAACUAGCCGAUUUUGAUCUAGUCGGGUGUUCUGCUUCCACAAUAGCAAUCUACUUAUGUGAAAAAUGCAGUCAGUGUGUAUAAAAGAUUGUGAGGAAUUGAAUAUUGAGAGGAAUGUGCUGCUAAGUGCUCAAGUAAUGAACGUAUGAAUUGUAGGAAGAUAUAAUUCUGGGGAAUCAAAAUAGAAAAUUGACAGGGAAUGAGAGAUUUUUAAUAUUUGAUUAAAGAAACCACAUAAUACGGCAAUCGCUGCUAGUAAAUAACAAAACAUUUUCGUCUGAAAAUAGAUAAUAAAAAAUAAGAGCUGGUAAAGGUACAUGAAA